GUCUCCCUCUUCGAUGAAAGAAGAGCCCUCUCCAGCCUUCCUCCCUCGGCCAGCCGGAGGACAACCGUCUGCCUCGGAGGCGGCGGCGCAUGGCGUCGCGGCCAAUCGCCAGGGCAGUCCACGAGCUGUCGCCGCUGUACCGUCUGUCCACGAAAGCCCCGGAGUUUCCGGAGGCGGGGAAAUCCGGGCAGGGCGAGAACAAGGCCCUCGACCUGUUCGACGGAAUGCCCACGAAGAGCCAGGUCUCCUGGAACGCGGCGCUGGCUGGGCUCGUCGACGCCGGCCGCACCGAGCGCGCGCUCUCCUUGUUCCGCGAGAUGCCCCUUAAGAACGCCGCCUCGUACGUCACCGUGAUCGGGGGCCUGUCCCGCGCCGGGGCGGCCCCCGUGGCGCGCCGGCUCUUCGACGAGCUGACGCUGGACCAGCACAACGUGUUCACCUGGACGGCCAUGGUGUCCUGCCAUGUCCGGAACGGGGAGCCCGGCAGGGCGGUCGAGCUGUUCGCGGCGCUCUACGGCGAGCUCUUCGAGCGCGGGACGCUGCCCAACGCCCACACGCUCAGCUCGUUGCUCAAGGCCUGCGUGGCUCUCCGGUCGCUCGCCAUGGCGAUGCAGCUCCACGCACUGGCAGUCAAGCUCCUGGAGGAGGGGACCAAAGACACCACCUUCGUGUGGAAUGGUUUGAUCGACGUGCACGCCAAGCUCGGCGCAUUGCCCGACGCCGAGAAGGUGUUCGACGCGAUGCGCUGCAAGGACGCCAGUUCUUGGACCAUCAUGAUGGAUGGGUACUCACGGCACAAUCUCAUCGACAAGGCUUUGCAUCUCUUCAGAUCGAUGGAGAACAAGGAUGCCUUCACAUGGAGCGUCAUCAUAUCCUGUCUGUGGCAGAACGGCCUCGGAGAAGAAGCGCUUCGCCUCUUCAUCGACUCGCUGAGGUCGGGUGAUCGCAACAAUGGCGGCGAGGCCAAGCCGAACGCAGCAACCUACACAACCGUCCUGCACAUCUGCUCGGUGCUGUCCCUGCUCGCACUGGGGAGGCAGGUCCACGCGCGCGCCAUCAAGAACGGCCUCUCCCGCAGCCACGUCUUCGUCGGCAACUCCCUGAUGAACAUGUACAGCGGCUCUGGCACGGCGGCCGCCCUGGAGAAGGUGUUCGACGAAAUGGCGGUGCGCGACACCGUCUCGUGGAACACGGCGAUCCAGGGGCUCGGCCAGAACGGCCACGGGCGGCGAGCGCUGGCGCUCGCGGAGCGCGCGCUGGCGCUGAGGCUCCACAACGGCAACACCUUCACGGCCAUCCUGGCGGCCUGCAGCCACGCGGGGUUGGUCGCCGAGGGGAUGCGCUACUUCGACGCCAUGGCCGACGAGUACGGCGUGGAGCGCACGCUCGACCACUACACCGGCGCCAUCGAUCUCCUCGGCCGCGCGGGGUGGCUGGAGAGGGCGCACGGCCUGCUCGUCGGGAUGCCGUUCGCGCCGACCGCGGCGGCGUGGACGACUCUCCUGCACUGCUGCUUGGCGCACAGGGACCGCGCCCUCGGCGGCAUCGCCGCGAGGGAGCUGAGAGCUCUGCAGCCCGACGGCGAUGGCUGGAACUACGAGAGAUUGUUGCGAGGCUGUGGCGGGGAAGGAGGUGGUGGUGAAGCGCAGGAUAGGAAGAGCUCCGCGCACUUGCCAGGAUGCAGCUGGGUCGUCUGAAUUCAUCGGAAAAGCUCAGCUUUCGCCUGCCUGCCAAAAAUCCGCAGCAUGCAGCUGCACGGCAAAAUGGGCAUGUUUGCCGCUGCUGUUUUUUAAGCCAGCUUCUGAGAAUCUGGAAAGCUCUUAAACCCAACUUUCAUUUUCUUAAAAACUACAGAUUCUUAGAAGCUGUGGACCUUUAGAACAGCUUCACAUAAACAACUUUUGGAAAAAAAGUACGGUCGAAAGAAGCUCUCCAAACAGGCUCCAUGUUAGCACGAGCUACAGCUUGAGACUUGGAUUCGCGGCCCUUAUCCUACAAGAGAUUUGGUAAAACGGAAUCCGUAAAUUCAGAACAAAAAUGGCAUUGAAGCAUCAGCCUCAUCAGAUGGCAUUGGGACCUGAAGAAUGGCAGACACAUGCAGUGGAACAAAUCUGUAAGAAAUGGGGUCUCCUUCCCCCUUUUUAUUUUUCUGGCAUAUAUCUUAGUGACUGGAUGGAUAUAUUUGUUUAUUUAUACCUUCAAAAUGAAUCUUAGU